UCAUAAGCCACCAAUAAGAAAAGAUUAAUAAAAAUAUACGUAGUAUACAUGUAGAAACUUUUCUUUAUAAAGAACUCUUUAUCAAUAGCUAGUAUGAACCAUAAAUCCCCAUGCCCUCUCGAAGUCUCAACCAACCUAACAAAUAAAUAAAAUUGAGCAAACAAUGGCGUACAUGGUUAUCAUCACAUUGCUCAUUUCCUUUUUAAUCUUUUGCUAUUUCUUUCGUAACAAAAAUGGACUACCAACAAACUGGCCCUUUGUUGGGAUGCUUCCCGCACUUCUUAUAAACACUCACAGAAUCAACGAUUUUGCCAUUGAAGUUAUGGAAAAAUCUGAUCUCAUUUUCCAUAUAAAAGGCCCUUGGUUCACCAACAUGAACCUACUAGUCACCGUUGAUCCAACCAACCUUAACCACGUAUUGAGCAAGAAAUUUGAAAAUUAUGUAAAAGGAGCCAAGUUAAAUGAAAUCCUUGAACCCUUUGGAGAUGGAAUAUUUAACACAGAUUCUACUUUAUGGCUUUACCAUAGAAAUGUGGCUCAAUCUUUUUUCAACCAUCCUGAAUUCUACCAUUUUAUGGUCGAUGUUACUUGGAAAAAAGUGGAGAGUGGUCUCAUCCUUGUUCUUGACCAUGUCUCCAAAAACGCGAUUGAGAUUGAUUUGCAAGAUUUAUUCAUAAGGCUCAUGUUCGAUACUAUGUGUAUCAUCAUGAUGGACCAUGAUCCAUUAUCUCUGUCAGUUGGUUUGCCUAGCUUCCCAGCCUUACAAGUUUUGGAUGCAAGUCAUACAAUUGUUUCUCGUCACAUCAUGCCAACAUGCAUUUGGAAAUUUCUAAGGUGGUUGAAUGUAGGAGACGAAAGGAAGCUUAAACAAGCUCUUAAAGUAUUUGAUGAUUUUAUUUACAAAAACAUCAACAAGAAGAGAAAAGAAAUUAUGGAAGGAGCAUCAAAGACAAAGGAUCUUGAUCAAGACACAACUAGGGUAAGUAUUAAUCCAUUUAUCACAUCAUUCAUUGAAGAAAAUGAAAACAUAAAAGCUCCCAUUAGUCAUGACAAUAAUAAUAAUAAUAAUAAUAAUAAUGAUAAAUUUCUUAGGGACACAAUUUCUAAUUUUUUCCUAGCAGGCGGAUCAACAACUAGUACUGCUUUAUCUUGGUUCUUUUAUCUUAUCUCCAAAAACCCACAUAUUAUUAACAAGAUCCGACAAGAACUAGAUGAGAUAUUGAUUCCAAUGAAAAAUAACGAUGAUAGGUUUAUAAAAAACUUUACAGAGAUUAGUAAUAAGCUAGUUUAUCUUCAUGCUGCAUUAUGUGAAGCACUAAGAUUAUAUCCUCCGGUAGCAUACAACAACAAGAUACCAAUUGAGCCAGAUAUUCUCCCGAGUGGACAUGGAGUGAAUCCAAACACGCAAAUUAUCUUCAAUAUGUACGCUAUGGGAAGGAUGAAAUCGAUAUGGGGAGAUGACUGCAACGAGUUUAAGCCUGAAAGAUGGAUAACAGAAGGAGGGAUGAUCAAAUAUGAGCCAUCAUACAAGUUUUCAGUGUUUAGUGCUGGGCCGAGGAUUUGUAUGGGAAAACAAAUGGUUUUCACACAAAUGAAGAUUGUGGCUGCAAUAAUUAUACAAAACUAUCAUAUAGAGGUAAAAGAAAAGAAUCAUGUUCCUGAAGAUGGUUUGAUACUUCGAAUGAAGCAUGAGUUUAAGGUUAAGGUGUUUCCUUAUACUACUCAUCAUGUUCAAUAAAAUAAUGAUGGAUGUCUUCUUCGUACCAUGGUUCCAAAUGAUGAGGUUGUAUAAUUAAUCCUUGUUCUAGAAGUUUUUAUGCAUACUACUAGCUAGUAAAAAUCUUUGAACACUCCAUGUUGUAUAAGUUGGUUGUGACCGGCUAGUAAGAGCAACACCAAUGGUAUACUGAUUUAAAAAAACUUCUAUAAGUAUUUUUAUUUCUCCAA